AUGAGUCCAAACCCCCGGAUCCCCACGGCCGUCCGAGCGUUCUUCGACGCUGACACUCAAAAGGCGGUCCGUGACACGGUGCAGGCUAGAGAUCCUGUCGCCUCCCGAGACGAAGUGCGUGCGCCCCCAUUCCAAUCUACUGCCAUCUCUUCCCCGGCUAAAACCUGCUACGGCGCAAGUACACUGCAGGAUAGGUCAGCGCAAGUGUCAAGCAUGAUGGCAGCAGAAGAUGCGGUGUGGGGUGGGACCAAGGCACGGCACAUACCGACAAACCCCAUCAACUACGCUUCCUGCAUGUCUGCAGUCUGGUUGACAAUCGGAUGGUGCUUCAUCCGGACGCGAACGGGGGUGACUCGUGCUGCUUCACUCUGA